CGCCGCUUUUCUCCGCCGUCCGUCCGUCCGUCCGGUGAGAUAAAUACGCUUUGUGAGGAGUGAGAAGCAUUAGCGGCAGGAGAGGCAGAGGGAGCCAUCACCCGGUACGUGUUGGGCGUAAUUAUCUCUUCCCCGAGCGGCGAUUUCUGGCCUCCGUCCCCCGCCUUCGCGCGCGCCUAUAAUAUUCGGGUAGGGGGUCGUUCCGUCCACGCUUCACGCAGAGGAGUUGGUUCCUUCUUCCUUGGGCGGAAAUGGCGGAGGAGCACCACGGCGCCGGCGCCGGCUUCUGGCUGCCGGACGAGUUCCUCGACGACGACUUCUUCUCCGACGAGAAGGCGGCGGCCGCCGCCGCGGCGGCGGCGGCCAGGAGCGACAGCGACGACGAGGACGGGCUCGAAGGGCUCUCGCGCCGCGUGGCCGGCCUCGACUGCGACGCCGGCGACCGCGCCAUUCCCAAGGCGGAGGUGAUGUCUGGGUCUCCGCAGUCCACGCUCUGCGUGCUGCAGGCCUCCGGGGAGGACAGCCCCACCGGCGGCGCCUCGCAGGUCAGCUCGCCGCCGUCCUCGCCGCUGGAGCAGCGGCCGGCCGACCCAUGGGACCUCCUGCACGAGGCCGCCGGGCAGGUGGCCCGCCUCGGCGUGGACAGCAUCCCCGUGCCUGUUGUCAACCCUCCUCCCAUCCACGGCGCCGGCGUCGCGCCGCCGGCGAGGAAGCCCUCUCCGCCGCUGCUUCCCUCCCCAAAGCCCGUCGGCCCUUACCAGUACCCGCCGAACAACUCGCUCGCACAGCGCCAGGCCCAAGUCGCUCGUUUCCAUCUCCUGAAGCAGCAGCAGCUGAUGAAGCACCAGCGGGAGCAGCAGCUGGCGAUGGCGGCGGCCAUGGCGUGGGGUUCCGCCGACGUCGGGCCGCUCGGGCUGAGCCCCUCGGCCUGGCCGCCGCUGCAGAAGUCCCCGCACCACGCCCCACCGUCCGCGGCCGGCAUGCGCGCCGUGUUCCUCACCCCUCCGGGGGCCAAGCGCGAGUGCACCGGCACCGGCGUGUUCAUCCCCCGGCAGGCCGGCGCGCCCGCCGAGCCCAAGAAGAAACCAAGCUGCUCCACGGUCCUCCUCCCGGCGCGCGUCGUGCAGGCGCUCAACCUCAAGGUCGAGGACCUCGGCGCCCGCCCGUGCUACCCCGGAGCCUUCGUUCUUGAUCACGACGCGCUGGUGAGCCGGAGCAACGCGAUGCAGGCGAGCCAGAAGCGCGAGCACAACGCCAACGCCAAUGCCGCCGCCGCGCACUCCCUGCCGCUCGCCGUGGCGUGCGAGGUCAAUCUCCCGCCGGAGUGGACGUACUGAGAUGCAUCGUCCGUCCGUCUCCGUCUCCCCCCGUUUCCAUGGAUCCCUGCCAUAUUUAAGUAUUACUACGUAUUACUAUCAUCAUCGAUGGUUAGCGCUAGGUAGCAGUUAGCUAGAGGUAGGAGGCGGUGGCGGUAGCAUCAGCGUUAGGUGUUCUUUUGUGCGUGCGUGCGUGGGUGCGUGUGGGUGAUAUAUUGGUUAUUUUGGGGGACGGUUGGUGCUGGAUGGAUGGAUGGAUGGACGCCGACGAGCAAACAACGGAGGAGAAACAAAAUCCAUGGCAUGGCCUCCGUAGGUUGUUGCCGGGAGGAAUAAUAAGUGUCGUCGUGGGUCCGACGAAGGAAGAAGUUUCGGAGCUAUGGCGCUGCCUGCCAAGUAGUUCUUCUAGCUGUGUUAAGGUGAUGAACUGACGAAGAUUGGGAAAAUAUCGUCGGCGGUUCGGAAAGGCGUCGCUGUAAGAUAUAAGCAAGGAGGAAAGAAAUAAGAGCUCCUCCAUGUUUCCAUUUGUGCUUAAGGCUUGGAUUGGAUUUGCGUUGUUGCAAUUCCACUUCGGUCAGUCAUGUGUACGCACGUACCAUCAUCAUCCCUUUUGGCAUCGCUCGGUUGCUUCGUGAAUAAGGAACCCCCAUCUUCUAUAAUAAGGAAAGAUAUAGUGCUGUUUUCUGUUC